UUCACACAAUAAAUAUUCAUUACAAGUCUCACCCCAAAUCAAAUGAUUCAUCUCCCACCACCAUCACUAAACAAAGAAAGCCAAUCAAUUUGUCAGUGUCACACUCAUCUGCUUGCUUCAAUUAUCAAUUUUUGAAGGAUAUAGUAGCAGGUAACCAUCAGUUUCAAUCCACUUUUCUUUCAACAUUCAGAAUCAACCAAAAAAGAGAUGACAAAGCUAGGAAUUAACAAAGAUUCACAUUUGGUCUCAAAAACCAAGCCAAAGAUCAGGAUAAUUCAUGUGUAUACUCCAGAAAUCAUCAAAACUGAUGCUGCAAAUUUCAGAGAGUUGGUUCAAAGGCUCACAGGAAAGCCAAAAGAAGAAGGAACAGGUGGAAGCAAGUCCGAAACUGCACUAACCAAAGAACCAAUGGAUUCACACCCCAAGAAGGCCAUGAUCAUGCAAGAUGAAGAGGAGUUUCUGAGUCUACAAAAUGGGACAAGGCUAAAGAAUGAACAUAAAGAGGAGGAAGUUCAAGAUGAUGUGUGGAGGUCAAAGUCAAACGAGAAGUUCAGUGGUUUCCUUGAUGGGUUCUCAGAAUUGGAUGGUUUUAUGGAAGAGUUAAGUACUUUGCCUGCAGGGAAUCAAAAUUAAGGCCUGUGUUUUUUAUAUGCUGUUAUGUGUCUAUCUUUUCGAUAUGAACAAAUUUAUCAUGAAAAUGAGUCACUGAAGAACUGAUGCUUCUCCCAAUUGUAGCUAGAUUGAGUAUUGACAAUUACCUUGGUUCCGAUACAGUACAUGUGUAUUGAUCUCAAUUAGUCCUUUGGAUGCUUAAGGAUUGUAGUGAGUAUUCAUUAACAUUACAUGCCAUAAUACUUUGUUGUGGGUAUAAUAGUUGUCUUAUUGCA